UUGUCGACAGGAAGCGUGCGGUUUGGAUUGUUAGGGUCGUUCUCGUUUUGUUCCAUUCUGAGGUUCCCUUCGAGAAUAUUCUUACCUGUCUUUCUUAGUCAAGUGUCGCUGUAAACAUAACAUCCCCCGACCCUCCGACCGAUUGUCCACGCAGCUCAGCAGCAGCAACAGUAAGACAGAUGGACAGCACGAUCCCACCCCCCGUCGUCUGGGCCCAGCGCAAGGACCACGUCAUCGUUACAGUCCAGGUUUCCGACUGCAAGAACGCCAACGUCAGGGUCGAGGCCGACAAACUUCACUUUGACGGUAUCGGCAACGACAAGAAGCACUACGCAAUCACUAUGGAACUGUUCGGUGAGGUGGACACUGGAAAAUCGCGGCACCACAUCUACCCGCGCCAGACCGAGAUCUACCUGUCGAAGAAGGACAAGACGACCUACUGGCAGCGACUACUGAAGACUCAGACGAAGAUGCACUGGCUGAAGGUUGACUUCAGUCGGUGGAAGGACUCCGACGACUCCGACUCGGAUGAGCAGGAACGCGGGCAGAACCUUGACGACAUGAUGCGGGAGAUGGGCGGCCUGUCGUCGGGCGAGAAGCCAGGAAUGGAAGACUUUGGCGAGGAGGAGGACAGCGACGACGCAGAACUUCCAGACCUCGAGUAGGGUGACGGCGCGCGCUUGGGUAUGCGGGCGCGGCGAUACGGGCGCGCACGUGGCGAUGCGGGCGCGUGCGUGGGUACGCGUGGGGAUGCAUGUGUGGUGGCGUGGGUAUGCGGGCGCGGCGAUGCGGGCGUGACAAUAUUGGUGUGGCGGCGCAGGCGUGACGAUGCAUGUGUGGUGGCGCGCGCGUGGGUAUGCGGGCGCGCGCGUGAGGAUGCGGACAAGCGCGUGGGUAUGCGGACACGCGCGUGGGUAUGCGGGCGCGCGCGUGGGUAUUCGGGCGCGCGCGUGGGGAUGCGGACAAGCGCGUGGGUAUUCGGGCGCGCGCGUGGGGAUGCGGACAAGCGCGUGGGUAUUCGGGCGCGCGCGUGGGUAUGCGGGCGUGACAACAUGGUUGUGCCGGCGCAGGCGUGACGAUGCAUGUGUGGUGGCGCGGGCGUGGCGGAGCAGGGUGCAUGUAUUAUAGCGCCAGACGCAAGGAAGUUGUUGUAAAAGAGAUGGAAUUAAUCGACCUAUCUACCCGGCCUCAAUGACAGGCAGCGCUAGGCAAUCAUGGUUGUGAUGGGAUGUUGGGACGCUGCUUGGUAACAGAAUGUCAAUCCUGGUGCGCGCGCGUGGAAAACAUUUUGCAUCACCGAUGUGGCAACAAUGUUCUAGGGCAGCAUGGUUGUCUCCUUGCUCGGGGCGGAUAGGUCAGCUGUUGCUGCGCUUGCCGCGCUCACGUGAAUCGUUGCGCCAGCAGGCGCAGCCAAGUACGGGUGAUGCGUGGCAGCGAGGCGAAGCUGGUAGCGUCCUCCGCGUAGCGUAGCAGUUCAUUAAUCACGUUGAUAUAGCCGAAAAUCGGGGGGGGUCAUUACUUCGUAUCGAGGCAUAAGUUUUAAAAUUGUCGCGAGGGCAUGCCGUGCACAGCUAGUCGUAGCGUAUCGAUGGUGUGUGCGGCGGCCCAGCCUCUCAUUUUACACGGUCGUCAGUAAUAUACACGUUACACUGUCACUAUUAAAUCUGUUUCGGUUUGUCCCGUUUCCGAUGUCGUCGGCGGAACUGAAAGUUACAAUUCUUUUUUAUGCGUGUGCGAUUAAUUGUCUGAAUAAUUUACUUGAUCAAUCGUUCUCUAUAUUUCAUGGCACCUGUGUGUAUGCUAGUUAUGAACAUGUGUGGAGUGUGUUGCAAACUGUCUCGGCAACAGCAGAAGCGUUGAACCGGUCUACAGCUCACGGUCAGAUAGGUGUGCGGAGGGAGACCUGCAGACACAUUCUCUGCGCUUCGUUUGACAGUCGGGUACACGAGCAAUACACGGGUCGCAUGCAGAUCAAGAGUGUCACGGUUUUAGGACUCGUUUACCUUGUUAUCGGUGCGUGCAACGGCUGCACCUUGCAGGGAGUGAGCAUGGGCUACCCCUGUGAAUACCUCGUGGGUGUGGUUUGUGGUCUAAUCCUGCAUGUAGGGUGUAGCUUGUUGGUUAUUUGAGGGAGUGGUAGAAUGGCUGACACUGUUGGUGGGAUCCCUCCUCUCUAGUUUUGGUUUUAUGCAGUUAAAUGUUACUGUUGCGACAUUUUGUGAUACUAUAUGAUGGAGUUUCUCGUCUAGUAGGGUUUGCUUGUGUUUGGCCAGGCUUGCCGAGUUGAUGUAUGUAUGGACUUUAUUAAAAAAAAGUUCAUUUCUCUGAAUUUGGUAUAGUUAUUAGUUUCAAUGUAGUGUUUCUCAUCAAGAUUCGCAAUCUAUAAGUGAGUCACACACAAUCAAACAGUUUAUAUGAUUUUUAUAUUUUUAUUUCUUGUCAACACCAUACGACUGCUGACAAUCAAAGUCAGAAUUGAACAACUGGCAGUUGUAAUUUCUAAUUGAAAUACAUUUGCAAUUGCACAUUGGUGUAAUGUUUCCACAGUACCUUACAAUGUUUGAAUAAUUCAUCAACCAUUACCAUUUACCGUUAGUUCAUGAAUAUACUCUGCAAUCAGUGAUCUGAAGAAAUUGUAAUAUAAACCUCAUUAAUUACCUACAUUUAUAUUAGUUCAUUUUAAAUAAAAUAUAUUGCAUACGA